AUGAUGAGCUCUGCAACGUGGAACCCGCAGGACCAGGCCAUGGCCGCAGCGUCGGAAGAUGACUUCCAGCAGUUUCUCGACAUCAGCGGCAUGGCCAACAUGGGCGACGGCAUGCAGUUUGACUUCCAGGGCUUCCAGGAUGACGGCUCGCAUUCCAUCAUGGCCCAGGCUCGCCAGACCGCCGAUGCCAUCAUGAGCGACUCGGAUCCCUCCAACAUGAUUCCUCGAAGCGACGGCCUCCUUCAGAACCACACGCCCGCCAUGGCGCCCAUGCCCUCUCACAUGAUGGCGCAGUCGGCGUCCCGCGAGGCCAUUUCCAACAUCGACGCCCAGAUUCAGUAUCUGCAGCAGCAAAAGUUUCAGCAGCAGCAGCGACAGCUGCAAGAGCAGCAGGCCACAUUCUUCCAUGGCCACUCGGUACCCCCGACGCCGCAGAGUCUGGAGAUGACUCCCGGUAGCGCUCAGUUUUAUUCCCAAGCCGAGCAGAUGCCAUCAAGAGGCGCCUACGAUAGAAGUUACCAUCAAAGAAUGGCCGAGCAGGAUAUGGCCUUUACACCCCUCGUAUCACCAGCUGUCACCCCGCUGGAUCCUCAUUUCAACAUGGAUACUGCCUUUACCGUACCUGGAGCUUACUUUAGUCCCCUGACAUCGCCGGCUCUCCAUGCACAGAAUGAUUCAUCAUCAAACUAUGACCACACCACUCACUCGAAUAACUCACCGGUAGAGAUGGACCUCGAACAGUCUGCUGUUCCCGCUGUCAACCUGGACCUCUCUAAGAAGACAAGAAAGACUCAGGCUUCCAAGACAAGGAGCAAGCCAAGUGUUAAGAGUUCACCCAUUUCUAAGCCGCUCAGGCGAAAGACUGGUCCUAGCCCGGCCAUGGUAUCACAGGUGCUGAGCGAGGUGGAAGAGAGGAAUCUACAGAUGGGCGACCACGGGCUGCUCCCCCUACCGGCUGCUUCUACCGAUGGAUCUGAUGAGAAUGCGUCCGUUUCGCCGGAGAACCUGUCGGAAAUGCCCCCUCCCCCGAUUCCUGCUAGGCGCUCAAUGAGCAAAUCGCCUUAUAUACGCCCGCAAACGAAUAUGCAGCCGAGCCUUGCAACCGGUCUGCUCGAUGAGCAACACCCUCCUCAUCCCGCCACGCCUGCUUCUCUGAUGAAAUUGCCGGCCUCUAAGACGAAGAAGAUCAUCACAAGCCACCAAGAGGCUCCGCUCUCCGACAACAUCGAGUCACUUGAGCUCCCUGAAUCAAUAUCUAACCCGUCGCUCGCUGGUGGUCUUGCCGACGACCAGCUUGGUAUACAGACCCCUCGGGCCGAGCCGAGCUUGGUGUCCAAGGGGGUCACGUUCCAGUCCAUGCCUUCACCAAUCGUGAGAGCGGCAGGAACGUCAUCGGCAAACCAGAGUCCCCUCUUACUACCUGGAGCCUCCGGCUCUAGCCAGCGAAAGACACCCCAACUUUCAGCCAGGAAUAGUCGCAAGAGGUCAACGGGAUCUAUCCACGCAUCUCCGGCUCUACUACCCAGGAUAUCCCCCAAUAUUAAGCCUCUACUCCCCGGCGCUCCUGGCAUGUCUGUUGAGGACCAGGCAUCGCGACUUUUGAUGUCCAAAUCGAACUAUCAGAACAUCUUGGAGGGCAACCAAGUCCCUGGUGUGUCUUACCCCAGCGAACUGUCCACAAAUCUCACCUCCAAGAGGACAUCACACAAGAUUGCCGAGCAAGGUCGCCGAAACCGCAUCAACUCUGCUUUACAAACCAUGGCCAGUCUCCUCCCGGAUGGCAAAAAUAAGAUCAUUUCGGGCGACGAUGAUGACAAGAAGGAUGGCAAGCAAUCAAAUGCUUCAAAUAGCAAGGCCAGUGUUGUGGAGAAUGCCAUCGUCCACAUGAAGAAUCUCGAGAAGGAGAAUGUGGAUCUUAAACAGGAGUUGCAAGCAUUGAGGGACCAGCUGGAGAAGUUGAAGGGUUCGGACGGCACCCCCGAAGUGAGCGACGCAACCCAUGACAACGACAAGAAAUUGCCCAGGAUAAGCGAAGAACAGGGUGGCGGUGCCCAGGACGCCCAAGGAGACGUUAAUAUGUCGACGGCCACAGCGAGUGUAGGCGAGCCCGAAGAAAGCAGCUGA